CAUAAAAAGAAAAAAGAAAAAAGAGGGUUAUGAUUUCUAGCCAAAUGAACUAUUUUGAUAAUAAAAGUUAAAAAAUAGAAUUUUUUGAGUGACUCUUUCCCUUUCUCACUCGGUCUCACAGGAAAUGGUGAAAUUUGGUUAGAGAGUGAUUCCCUUUCUUACCUCACCAUUUCUAGAGGUUGUUAGGGCUUGAAGCAUAACAUUCCGAGGAUUCAAACUAACUGAAGAAUUUCACUAUUGGGGUUUGAAGCAUAACAUUCCAAGUGAUUCCCUUUCUUAUCUCACGCUUACUAGAGGCUGUUAGGAUGGUUAAGCUCUGAAGGAAACUAGUUGACUAAUGGCCAGAAAUCAAAAACCUGAAGUAGGAGGCUUACUUAGAUUGCCUACUCCCCCAUCUGUAACUGUCAACAUAGCUAUCAAAGGAAAUAGCAAAAGCAAAUAUGUAGUCGAUUGGGCGUUGGAGAAGUUCAUCCCAGAGGACAUGUUUUUGUUCAAGUUGAUAUUUGUUCGCCCUACGAUAACUGCAGUUCCAACACCUGUUGGAUCAUUGCUCCUUUCAGAUGUGCGAGAAGACCUAGUAACUGCUUAUAGGAAAGAAAUAGAAUGGCAAACAGAUCAAAAGCUUCUACCUUACAAAAAGAUGUGUAUUCGAAGAAAGGUAGAUGCAGAAAUUGUACAAAUCGAAUCAGAUGAUGUCGUAGAGGCCAUAUCAAGGGAAGUUGAUCAGUCCUCUGUUAACAAGCUUGUUAUAGGGGCUUCAUCCCGUGGCAUGUUUUCAAGACGCCGAAAUGUGUCCUCGGAAAUUGCAGAAUCCAUUCCAAAGUUUUGUACAGUCUAUGCUGUUGCAAAGGGGAAGUUGUCAGCUUUGCGACCCUCUGUUUCAGAAACACAUGGAACCAUUAAAGAAGACAGUAGCGAAAAAAGUAGCUCUACCAAUGAUUCGUCCAUUCAAAAUACCAGCUCACAUCCAGAAUGGACCGAAUCAACCAUGGUUGCCUCAUACGCGCAUUUCCGCUUUCCUUCACUUCCAACGCAGCGGUUUUGCGCUCUUUCGAUUGUAAAUCAGACCCUUCUGCAUAAGAAAACAAACUCAACUGAAACCAUUGACCUGGAUAUUGAUGGCGAUGAUGUUGUGAGCUCUUGUCCUGGAAACUCAGAUAUUGGUCAUCCAAGCGGCGCAUUGUCUAGUUGCCAAAAUUUGGAAACAGACACCCAUUCGUGGAUAUCUCAUCAAGCUUCCAUAUCAGAUGGUCUUCCAGAGUUUUCAUCUGAAAGCCAGAUGAAUGUUGAAUUUGAGCUAGAAAAACUGAGAAUUGAACUCAGACAUAUUCGGGGAAUGUAUGCGAUGGCUCAAAGUGAGGCAAUUGAUGCUUCUAGGAAGGUAAAUGAUCUUCACAAUCGCCUAAGGGAAGACAGUGUUAAGCUUGAGGAGAUAAAUGUUAAGGAGGUGGAAGCGAAAGAAUUGGCAAUACAAGAGAGAGUGAAAUAUGAAGCUGCGAAAAAAGAGGCCGAGUAUGUGAAGGAAUGUGCUGAGAGAGAAGCUGCAGAAAAGAACGAAGCGGAGAAUAAAGCCCUCCAAGAGGCCAAAGAGAAAGAAAAACUAGAGAAUGUGCUGGUGGGGCCUCUGCAGCAGUACCAGAAGUUUAAAUGGGAAGACAUUGUGUCAGCUACCUCAUCCUUCUCUGACAAUCUUAAAAUUGGAUGGGGGGCAUAUGGAACUGUGUAUAAGUGCAGUUUGCAUCACACAACUGCAGCUGUGAAGGUCCUCCAUUCUAAAGAGGCUCACAAAAACAAGCAAUUUCAGCAGGAGCUUGAAGUCUUGAGCACAAUUCGCCAUCCGCAUUUGCUAAUUCUUCUUGGUGCGUGUCCUGAUCAUGGUUGCCUAGUUUACGAGUACAUGGAGAACGGUAGUCUGGAGGACAGGUUGUUCAGAAAAAACAACACCCCUCCAAUUCCAUGGUUCCAGAGGUACAGAAUCGCUUGGGAAAUAGCCUCAGCGCUAGUCUUCCUCCACAGCACAAGCCCACAACCCAUUAUCCACCGCGAUCUCAAACCUGCAAACAUUUUGCUCGAUCACAACUUUGUGAGCAAGAUUGGCGAUGUUGGGCUUUCAAAAAUGCUCGAUUCCGACUCUUGUUCUGCUUUAUUAUCCACCAUGUGCAAUGAAACAGGGCCCGUGGGGACACUUUGUUAUAUAGAUCCGGAGUACCAGAGGACAGGAUUGAUUUCUACAAAAUCCGACGUUUAUGCGUUUGGAAUGGUGAUUCUGCAGUUGGUGACUGGAAAAUCUGCAAGAGCACUAACCCAUGUGGUGGAAACGGCAGUUGAUGAGGGGAAUUUGGCAGAUGUGUUGGAUACUGAGGCUGGAAACUGGCCAUAUGAAGAGACAAAGCAAUUAGCUCUGUUGGGAUUGCGAUGUGCUGAGCUUCGGCGCAAAGAUAGGCCUAGUUUGAGAGACGAAGUACUUCCUGCAUUGGAGAGAUUGAAAGAGUUUGCAGAUAGGGCUAGACAUGUUGAAAUCAGUGCUCCACAGGCUCCUCCUAACCACUUCAUUUGCCCAAUCCUUCAGGAUGUAAUGGAAGACCCUUGCGUCGCUGCUGAUGGGUAUACGUACGAUCGCAAAGCUAUAGAGAUAUGGCUCGAGGAUAAUGAUAAUUCUCCAAUGACGAAUUUGCCGUUGCCGAAUAAGAUUUUGAUACCAAAUUAUACACUUCUUUCUGCCAUUAUGGGGUGGAAAUCAGGAAAACAAUGAAAUGAUAUCCUUUUUGUUGUUAUAGAGCGUUGGUACUUGUUUGCUGCUGCUGCUUCUUUUUUUUGGGGUACUUGGACUUGGUAGCUGCUUCUUCAUUUGUGAGAAUCCUUUGAAGAAAUUGUCUGCCCAGCAUUUUACAUGCUAAGCUCCAUUGUAUCCAAUUUGGCUUCUGCUUUAAACAUGAAUAUUGAUAUUGUCAGCAUAAACCUGCGUUAAACAUGAA